ACGACUGCAUCUCCAACGACCACAACACCGACUCCAACAACCACAACAGCAACAACCACAACAGCCGCACCAACAACCACGACUGCAGCUCGGACAACCACAACAGCCGCAACAACAUCCACUACUGCAACCACAACAGCCGCACCAUCAACCACGACUGCAGCUCCAACAACCACAACAGCCGCAACAACAUCCACUACUGCAUCUCCCACAACCACAACAGCGGCACCAACAACCACAACAGCAGCACAAACAACCACAACAGCAUCACCAACAACCACAUCAGCGUCAGCAACCACCACAACUGCAGCUCCAACAACAACAACAGCCGCACCAACAACCACAACAGCCGAGGCAAUAACCACGACUGCAUCUCCAACAACCACAACACCGGGUCCAACAUCCACAACAGCGGCACCAACAACCACAACAGCCUCACCAACAACCACAACAGCCGAGGCAACAACCACGACUGCAUCUCCAACAACCACAACACCGACUCCAACAACCACAACAGCAACAACCACAACAGCCGCACCAACAACCACGACUGCAUCUCCAACAACCACAACAGCCGCACCAACAACCACAACAGCAGCACAAACAACCACAACAGCAUCACCAACAACCACAUCAGCGUCAGCAACCACCACAACAGCAUCACCAACAACCACAUCAGCGUCAGCAACCACCACAACAGCAGCACCAACAACCACAACAGCGUCAGCUACCACCACAACUGCAUCUCCAACAACCACAACACCGACUCCAACAACCACAACAGCAACAACCACAACAGCCGCACCAACAACCACGACUGCAGCUCCAACAACCACAACACCCACAGCAACAACUACAACUGCAGCUCCAACAACCACAACACCGACUCCAACAACCACAACAGCAACAGCAACAACCACGACUGCAGUUCCA